GAAAUUCUUUACACUCAGAUAAGGCAAGGUAUAGAAGGUUUAGAAAACCAGCCCAAGACGACCCAGAAAUACUCUAGUCUGGAGAAAGGCGUGGCUACAUUCGGCGUUGUGAAGAAGCUGAGGGACAACGAUAUGGAACUGCAUACUGGACAGCAGAUGUACUCGUGUGGUUCCCUGGCACCCAAGAUGGGCCGUGGUGGUGGUUGUAUGGAUCAUAAGUUUCAGAGACCAUCGGAACCCUGGGAGCUAUGUGAUGGUUGCGUCAGUCUCUUAUCAGAGCUUUCUUCAGUGGAGCUGGCCGCUAAGCAGCAAAUAUCCGAGUACUUACCCAUGGUGGCCGAAGCGGCGAGGAAACGCCAUUACCCACAGCAUGUUGUUUUUCUUGAGACGAUAUGUAAACAGCUUCCAGUUAUAGCUAAAAACAUUGGAAAAAGAUAUUUUAAACCCCACGUUGAGCUGUUCUUUGAUCCUAUUUUUUACAGUCUGAUGCAGAGAUAA